AUGCAAGUCUGCGCCAACGAAGAAGUGCGGCGCAUCUCAGUUUUCAAGCGAAAGGUGAGGCUCCGGUGUGUUGUUGAGGCUGGCAUCUGGUGUCGGUUUGCCUGCCCCAUUGCCUUUGGCAGGACUCAGGCGCCUGGGUGCCUGAAAGCAUCACCAGCAGAGUUCCUGCAGUAUGCGCAGUCAAGAAGGCUCCCAUCUAUGAUUGUAUCUGAAGUUCCCAAUAUCCAAAGGAUAGAGAUCCAAAUUAGGCGCCAUCAGUCGCCAAUCUCCGGCUCGAGACCCGGGAAGGCCCCGUUGGCUGCGUGGCGCUUUGCGGCGCGGUUGUCCGCAACUCUGUCCUUCCUGCGUUUCUUAACGCGCUUUCCCGGGAUGCGUCCGCGCUUUGCAUACCAAAGUUGCGGUUGCAGCACGUGGGCUCACCUUCUUCUGGUCUAG